AUGGAGUGUAUUCGGGAAUCGGAGCUUCGAGAAAUGUUCAAGGAGUUUGAUAAGAAUGGCGAUGGGAAAAUCACAAAGGAAGAGCUAGAGCUCGCCCUUCUACAACUCGGAGAGAAACCUUCAAACUCGAAAAUCGAUGCAAUCAUCAGUCAAGCGGAUACCGAUGGUAAUGGUUGCAUCGAAAUUGACGAAUUCCUUCAAGCCCUACGGAAGCAGUUGCUCAGUCCGCGUGAGGAACGUGAACUCAGAGAAGUAUUUGGGGUGUUCGACAAGGAUGGAGAUGGCUUAAUAUCAACUCAGGACCUGAAAUCAGUAAUGCUCUCUCUUGGCGAAACGCUUAGCGAAGACGCUGCUCGAGAAAUGAUAAAAGAAGGAGAUGUAGACCAUGACGGGAUGAUUAAUUUUCAUGAAUUCAUCAUGAUAAUCAAAGGACGGUCCUAA